UUUGAUGCUCCGCGAACGAAAGCACGAUCAGGACGUGAAUUACCAUCGAGCAGGGCGGUCAGCAACGUCGUACACAACGACGCACCCGAAUUUCAUGUCCGAUUCACUCACAUGUUGAUGCAGUUCGGUCAGAUUCUCGAUCACGACAUGAUGCAUUCGCCAAUCGCACGAGGGCCAAACAAUACGAUUCUCAACUGCUCAGCAUGUGAUUCUCAGGAGAACCUAUCUAUACACUGUUUCCCUAUCAAAAUCGGUAAGGACGAUCCGUUCUUCCCAGCCACACAUAGUGACGGACGCCCACGUUGUAUGCCAUUCACAAGAAGUCUUCUUGGACAGCUAACACUCGGCUACAGAAACCAGCUGAACCAACUCACUGCUUUCUUGGAUGCGUCGUCAGUAUAUGGUUCGACCGAGUGCGAGGCGAAUCAGCUGCGAUUAUUCAGCCAGGGAAAGCUUGAACUUCACCGAUUUGGGGUUUGUGACAUUCCCAAUUUUAUCUGA